CAUGUUUUGAGUCUUGUAAAAUUCGAUAUAAAAAAAAUCUCCCCCGGACCAUAGUAUCUAUGCCCGGACCAUCCGCUGGGGACGGAACUGUAGUCGUCGUGCCGUCUAUGCUGUAGUCGUCUUGCCGUGGCUGCCGUCACUAGACAGAGAAAGAAAAUGAUUGAUUUGUGUCAGUGGAGGGCUAUAGUAGGAACUUGGAAUUGCUGUAAGAAACGGAUCUCGUACUCAUCUCAUCCUCUAGACGAAUUCAGUGAAAGAAUUACAUCUACAUCCUGGUCCACCGCUGGAAUACUUUUUUCUAUAAAUUUUCUUUUACUGGUUUUUCGAGGAUUUUUUUCUUUUACCCUGUUGCUAUCGGGAGAUGUGGAACAAAACCCAGGACCAACCAUUAAAGAUAAGCCAAAAGCAGAUGAAUUAUCUGCAGCAAUAUCAGCUAAUGAAGUAGCUGUUGCUCAUUCAGGAACUUACAGGAGAAUUUGUAAAACAUUGAAAGACGUCAUGAAAAGUCAUUAUGCAACAUUGAAGAAAGCCACAGAAAAUUGCCUAUGUAUAGUAGCAGAUGAAAUGUAUAGUCACAAUCUUAUUUGUCGAGAGGUUAGAAAUGAGCCUUCUUUAGAAAAAAUUGAGGGAGAAUUUAUAGCGAUGAUGUCUUUAUUUGAAGAUGACAUAAAUAAAAUAGAGGAAAAGUGUCAUUCAUUUUUCCUUUGCAUUGCUAGUGCUGAUGGUCCAGCAAAGGAUGCAGCCAUUUCAUUAGCAAAGGAAUGGGAAUCACAAGUUUUUCAACAUCACCAAAUAUCUUUUUCAUUGCAAAAAAUGGAAACAAAAGAAGUAACAUGUUGCCAUCAAAUCAAGCUCGACUGCAGUGACAGUAUUGUCAAGGAAAUGGAUUGUCUACAAAGAAAAUUUGCUUCGAUUAUUGCAGACAUCAGGACAUUUUAUGCUCAGUCGAGCACUAGUGCUAUUGAAAUAGCUCGUUGGGUUGAAGAAUUCAAUGAAUGCAUUGUAGAAAUACCAUGUCAUGAUACUGACAUUGACAAAGUGUUUCAAAGCAUGAAAUCUCAUUAUAACUUUCUAGACAUUGAUUUAAUAAAAAGUCUGGUUGAAGCAUUUCACCUUAACAAUGAGCUCGAUUUGAAAUUUAGUGAAUAUGUUAUGAGCCAUGAAAAUUUUGUAGAGCAUGUAGAUAUAGACAGUAGUAUUAAGGCAAGCAUCGAAGUUGCCCUAGAAGAACAGGGAGACUCUAAAACUGAGCCAAACAUAGUUCUGAAGUUAUCAGGAAGAUGGGGAAAUAGAAAUUUGGAAAACUUAAAAAAGCUUACCAAUUUUUUGUUUGAUGAAGAUGCAAAGUACCUUACUAUAAAAAAGAUUAAUCGUGGUUGCAUAAUGAUAAAAUUUUUGGUUUCUUCAAAAAACUGCCUGCAGUCUCUCACUUGCAAAAUACAAGCAAAACUUUAUUUACUGAGUCAUAUUGGUAUUUUUAAGGUAAUUAUUGACAAAAGAGCUAUCACUAACAAAGAUGAGAACCCUGAGUUUACUUUUGAAGCCUCACUUCUAAGUGCCAUCAAAAGUAUUGAUAUUGAUAUUGAAUAUGAAAGAAUGGCAUUACUCUUGAUUGAUUUUGACAUACAGAUAAACUAUCAAAGCAGCAAGGGGGAUGCAGCACUUUUUUACGCUAGUGAAGGUGGGCACAUUGAAAUUUUUAAGGAGCUCUUAAUUAAAGGUGCCCAUACAUUUGUACAAAAACCAUGCAAAAGAUAUAUUGGACUAAAUUCUUUAGCAUGUAAAGCACUGUCUCAGCACAUCUUGAAGUCAGUUGGUGAAGAGAAAAUAGUGCCACCAGAAGGCACUUCAGUUAAUGAUAUUCUAGAUAUAGCAGUUCAAAAAAGUGGGAUUAAUUAUUUCUUAUACCAUUCAUUUGUGACGUUAAUCUGCAGUAAACUACAAGAACGACUUCAAAAACUGUAUCAACAUUUUCAGUCGUUAGAUAAUAAGUUUACUGCUACUGCAAAUAAGCUAAUAGGAAAUGUUAUAUCACUGAAAGACACGAGGCAGUCUCUGCUACUAUAUAUCAGUGCAAAUAUUGUGUGUGAUAACGUGCAACAACUUGCUAACUUACUCCAACCACACUAUUCAUGCUUAAACAUUAACCUUUUAAAAACAAUAAGCAUUAUUUUUGACAAUCAUAAACUAACAAUGGAAGCUGACUUAUACACCAAACAGCUAAAUGAAUUCAAGAAUAUCACAACUUUAUUAGAAUUUACCAUGGCCAGUGAACAAAUGAAUAAAAUACGACCUCAAUUUUCUUUCAAUUUUUCUAAAAUAGUUUUAAAAUUUAACAAACCCUGGGGCUCAAAAACAAUUUCUGAUUUGAAUAAACUCGAUAAAUUUUUAUUUUUGCAGUCUCCGUCAUAUCUAAACUUAAUUGAUAUAGAACGAAUGCAGAAUUCCACUAUCACAUGCACUUAUCUUGUUCCUUUAUCACAAACAGAACAGAUAAGAAAUGCAGUAACUAAACAUUGUGACUUUCUAUAUAAAAUUGGUGUAUAUGAAGUACAUGUUGAUGAUUUUCCCUUGAUGGUGAAAACUGAAAAUACAUUGUUUAACUUUGAGGUGUCACUGCAGAAAGCUCAUCAAAACAAUGAUGAGCCUGUACUUUUUUUCUUACUUGAGCUUGAUGCUCAAUUACCAUCAAUGGAUUCUGAUACUGCUGUGCCUUUAGUAAAGAUAGAUAAAAAUUCAACCCAAGAAUUUGAAAUAGAUGAUGGGCCAGAUAUAGUGAGAGAAGAGAUUGUUUUUGAGGCAAUAAAGCGACGUGAUGUUAGAAAAGUACAGAUGUUACUAAAUAAAGGAUGUGAUAUCGAUUACAUGGGUGAUGAAGGGCUGACAUUCUUAAUGUUGGCUGUAAAAUAUGGUGAUACUGAGAUAGUAAAGUUAUUACUUGAGAAUAAUCCAAAUGUUGAGCUUCAAGAUCGUAACGGUAAUAAUGCCCUUAUGAUGGCCAGUUCCCUUGGUCACAAUAACAUCGUACAUCUUCUGUUACAGAAAAACCCUGUUCUCGACAAUCAGAAUAAUGAGGGAAUGACGGCACUCAUGCUAGCAGCUUGUAAUGGCAAAGAGAAUAUUGUGAGACAAUUGCUAAAGGAAGGAGCACGCACUGAUCUCACUAAUUUGGAUGGAAAAACAGCAUGGACAUUUGCAAUGGAUCAUGAUUAUCCACGUAUUGCUGACUUGCUUUAGAUUAGUGUAUUAACUCAUUUUUUAGUCUGUAGUCUGUACUUUUGUUGAUUGUUUUGUUUUACUGAAGUUUGAUAUUACAUUUUGGACACUUUUAAACAUUUACUA